UGUCCAAGUUGCCCCGCCCUAUUUAUGUACCCCCGAAGAAACCCGGGCACGUCAGGCUGUAAGCUAACGCUGACCGAGGCUUCACAUGUUGGCUAGCUGGGGAAGACACCCGAGAGGUCGUCACGACUGUAUCGUUCCGAAGUACCCGAGCUGUGAUUCUGAUCGGAUGGCGACACUGAGCCGAGCCCACCCACGCGACGCUGCUUCCUACGUGUGUGUGACCGCCCGGUGAUGCUUGUUUGGCGGCCAAACGACACUGGCUCCUCAGCGGCGCAGGUGUAACAGCAGCAACAAAACAGGAACCACCGCCAUGGGAUCUACUUUCUAUUCACCUCCUCUGCAUUCUCUGCUCGACGCCGCGGAGGUGAGCUUGUCUUCGGGGAGGGAGCAGCGAGGCUCUCCCUGGAUGGUUCCUAAUUGGGCCCAAUGAAGUGGAGGCGAACCCACCUGGAGCUAAUGACCCCGCCUGAGGAGGACCAAGUUCCCCUGUGACUUGGAUUGAUUUUCCCUUGGAUUACGACGAGAAUGAAUGUUUUGCACCAUCAGUGUGACAUUGAUGUGUUUGGGUGUUCUGGUUCUGGAAGUAAAAGUGUUUUUUCGCCAACCUGCUCCCAGUUCGGGGUUUCCUAGUCCAUCAUGUCCAGAUCCAACAGCGUGAGCCCCCCCGGCGCCGGUGGUCCCAACCUGAGGGGCGGGACCGAGCACAGGUCCGCUUGGGGGGAGUCCGAGUCGGUGACGAAUGGUUGUCCGUACUCGGCCAGGCGGCUGACCCGCACCAACAGUCGCUGGAGGGACGACGAUGACUUGGGCCGCCGCCGGCCGCCCCCGCCCGGCCGCAUCCCUACCACAGUCAGCAGGGUCAGCUUCCGCUCCCGCUCGGCGUGGCAGGAGCACGGCGAGGAGCUGAGAGCCAAGUCGGUGGAGCUGGGGCUGGACGAACGGCGGGGGGCUCAGCAGGAGCAGGAGGUGGCCGAGCUCAGCCUCUCUGCGGCGGCCUGCUGGAGCGGCGUCAUGCACGUCUUCAGCUCCAAGAAGUUCCAGUCGGAGAACCUGGAGCGGCUCUACCAGCGCUACUUCUUCCGCCUCAACCAGAGCAGCCUCACCAUGCUGAUGGCGGUGCUGGCCCUGGUCUUCACUGUCAUGCUGGUCUUCCACUGCUCGGCCAGGACGCCGAGCCCCAGCGUGCCCUACGUGGUGGUCUUCUCCGGGGCCAUCUUCCUGACGCUGGCCCUCAUGGUGGCGUGCAACCGCAGCGGCUUCCAGCAGGACCACAUGUGGGUGGUCUGCUACGUCCUCAUCCUGCUGGUCCUGGUGGUGCAGGUGGUCGGCGUGCUGAUCGUGCAGCCCCGCAGCGCUUCUGAGGGGAUCUGGUGGACCGUCUUUUUCAUCUACGUCGUCUACACCCUGCUCCCCGUCAGGAUGAGAGCCGCCGUCAUCACCGGCCUACUGCUGUCCGCCGUGCACGUCAGCCUGUCCUGGAUGCAGAACACCCUGGACCCCUUCCUCUGGAAGCAGCUGGUGUCCAACAUGCUGAUCUUCUCGUGCACUAACAUCGUAGGCGUGUGCACGCACUACCCUGCGGAGGGCUCCCAGAGGCAGGCCUUCCAGGAGACCCGGGAAUGCAUCCAAGCCCGCCUGCACUCUCAGCGGGAGAACCAGCAGCAGGAGCGUCUGCUGCUCUCUGUGCUUCCGCGCCACGUCGCCAUGGAGAUGAAGGCUGACAUCAACGCCAAGCAGGAGGACAUGAUGUUUCACAAGAUCUACAUCCAGAAGCACGACAACGUCAGCAUCCUGUUCGCCGACAUUGAGGGUUUCACCAGCCUGGCGUCUCAGUGCACGGCUCAGGAGCUGGUGAUGACGCUUAAUGAGCUCUUUGCUCGUUUUGACAAGCUAGCGGCGGAGAACCACUGCCUCCGCAUCAAGAUCCUCGGAGACUGUUACUACUGCGUGUCAGGCCUGCCAGAGGCCCGCGCUGACCACGCCCACUGCUGCGUAGAGAUGGGCUUGGACAUGAUUGAAGCCAUCUCGCUGGUUCGUGAGGUGACAGGUGUGAACGUGAACAUGCGUGUGGGCAUCCACAGCGGCAGGGUGCACUGUGGCGUGCUGGGCCUCCGGAAGUGGCAGUUUGACGUUUGGUCCAACGACGUCACACUGGCCAAUCAGAUGGAGGCUGGCGGCAAAGCAGGGCGUAUCCACAUCACCAAGGCGACGCUCAACUACCUGAACGGAGACUACGACGUGGAGCCGGGCACGGGGGGAGAGAGGAACGCCUACCUGAAGAGGAACAACAUCGAGACCUUCCUCAUCGUGGGCUGCAGCCAGAAACGGAAAGAAGAGAAGGCCAUGAUCGCCAAGAUGAACCGCCAGAGGACAAACUCUAUGAGCCACAACAGCAGCCACUGGACCGACAGACCCUUCUAUAACCACCUGGCCAACAACCAGGUCUCCAAGGAGAUGAAGAGGAUGGGCUUUGAGGACCCAAAGGACAAGCAUUUCAUCUUCAGACACGCGCAGGAGAACCUCAACCCGGAGGACGAGGUGGACGAGUUCCUGGGCCGCGCCAUCGACGCGCGCAGCAUCGACCGCCUGCGCUCAGAGCACGUCAAGAAGUUCCUGCUCACCUUUAGAGAGCCCGAUUUGGAGAAGAAGUAUUCCAAACAGGUGGACUCCAGGUUUGGUGCCUACAUGGCGUGUGCCUCCCUCGUCUUCCUCUUCAUCUGCUCCAUCCAGAUGGUCAUCAUGCCUUCAUCCAGACUGACAAUUGUCUUCUUCAUCACGUGCUUCCUCAUCCUCACGGCGCUGAUGUUCGUGUCCACGGUGUACUGCUGCUUCGGGGUCUUCCCGGCCCCCCUGCAGACCCUCUCCAGGAAGAUCGUUCAGUCCAGACUGAACAGCACUCUGCUGGGCGUGGUCACCAUCCUGGUGGUCUUCCUCUCCGCCUUCAUCAACAUCUUGACCUGUAGCGGCCGUGACCUUCGCGGCUGCAUCGGGGCGGAGCUUAAUAUCAGCCUGGACGCCGUCAACGCCUGCCAUGCCCGCUUCCUCAACUACAGCCUGGACGCGCCGCGCAACCCCUGUGGAGACGACGACGCCCCCUUCUGCAGCUUUCCUGAGUACGUGUCGUGGUGCGUGCUGCUGAGCCUGCUGGCGAGCUCAGUUUUCCUGCAGGUGAGCAGCAUGGGCAAGCUCUUCCUCAUGCUCUUCAUCCAGAUGCUCUACCUGCUGGUGGUGGAGGUCCCCAGGGUCGCCCUCCUCGACAACCACGACCUGCUCGUCAUGGCUAACGCCGUGCGCACUCUUGAGCACAUGAAUGGAACAAGCUGCGUGGUGGACUCCAAGGUCCCCCUGAAGAUCAUGACCCCCGUGGUUAUCACCGUCUUCGUGCUGGCCCUCUACCUUCACGGUCAGCAAGUGGAGUCCACCGCCAGACUGGACUUCCUGUGGAAACUGCAGGCGACGGAGGAGAAGGAGGAGAUGGAGGAGCUCCAGGCGUACAACCGCCGCCUGCUCCACAACAUCCUGCCCAAAGACGUGGCGGCCCACUUCCUGCAGCGCGAGCGCCGCAACGACGAGCUCUACUACCAGUCAUGCGAGUGCGUGGCCGUCAUGUUCGCCUCCAUCAGCAACUUCUCAGAGUUCUAUGUGGAGCUGGAGGCCAACAAUGAGGGCGUGGAGUGUCUGCGGCUCCUCAACGAGAUCAUCGCAGACUUUGACGAGGUGGCCGGCGAGCGCCCGCGCUUACAACGCCACAGGUUUUUUAACAUCCGGUCACUCCUUCUUGGUCUUCAGAUCAUCAGCGAGGAGCAGUUCCGUCAGCUGGAGAAGAUCAAAACCAUCGGCUCUACCUACAUGGCAGCAUCGGGCCUCAACGACUCUACCUACGACAAGGCGGGGCGCUCGCACAUCCGUGCACUGGCCGACUACGCCAUGAGACUGAUGGACCAGAUGAAGUACAUCAACGAGCACUCCUUCAACAACUUCAAGAUGAAGAUAGGUCAGAUGAACUCCUCCUCCUCCUCCAAUCAGCAAUCAAUCACCAAUCAGGACCUUCUCAUCCUCAGGCCUCAACAUGGGUCCUGUUGUUGCCGGGGUGAUUGGCGCCAGGAAGCCUCAGUACGACAUUUGGGGAAACACGGUGAACGUGGCCAGUCGCAUGGACAGCACGGGAGUGCCAGAGAAGAUCCAGGUGACAGCAGACUUGUACCAGGUCCUGAGCUCCUACAACUACUCUCUGGAGUACAGGGGCGUGGUCACAGUCAAAGGCAAAGGAGACAUGACGACGUACUUCCUCAUCAGCGGACCCUCCGGCAGCUAACGCACUCCUUGGACUGCUACGCCCGUUCUGGUUCAGGUCCAUCCAUCAAGCAGACCGGAGAGGCUCAGCUUGGACUGACAGAAUGUGGGAGAGAGGACCCGGCCACAUGUGGAUCCUGUCUAGCUGAUACCAGGGACGUCCAAUCAGAGGAGCGUUUUAACGAGGUCACGUCCCACCUCCUUGAAGGUUGUACCCGUCCUGAUCAGGAACUAAGGGGCGGAGUCUGGGAGGUGCCACAAAGAACUGAACACAUCAAAAACACGCUAAAGGAUGUCAACAAAGUUUCUAAUUUUCUACUUUCACUUUGGAAAGAGCAAACGCUAUCAGAUCUUGUCUAUCUUUUCUACAAAAAUACAUGGUGACAUACUUUAUCACAUGAAUGCGAGUGGGCCUUCUCAAUCACAAUGCAAGACAAUGUCCACCCCCGUCGAGCUCCCUCGAUGGUACGACCCAGUGAAUGUCCAAUCAUGUUUAAUGAGGCCUUUCCCUCCAUCAGCGUUUUAGCUAGUUCUUUAAACACAAUAAACAUCUUCAACUUUAAAAAAAUAAAUAAAUACUAAUGCAUUACGACGGAGUACGAGGGCCGCAUUGAAAAAAAAUGGGAGAUUUCAAGAAUAAAGUCGUAAAUUUACGAGAGAAAAAGUUGUACGUUUGAGAAAAAGUCAUAAUAUUCAGAGAAUAAAGUUGUAAUGUUAUGUGAGCAAGGUCGGAAAUUUACGAGAGAAAAACGCAUACAUUUGAGAAAAUAAGUAAUAUUACAAGAAUAAAGUCGGAAAUUGACAAGGAAAAAACUCGGAAAUUUAUGCAAAAAAAAAAAAAAGUCGGAAUGUUAUAAAGUCAUACAUUUACGAGAAAAAUGUAAUGUUAUGAGAGUAAAGUCCGAAACUUACAAGAGAAAAACGCAUACAUUUGAGAAUAAUAUAUUACAAGAAUAAAGUCGUAAUAUUUCCAGAAUAAACACGUAAAUUUAUGUGAAGAACUCAGAAAUUUAAGAUUAAAAAAGUCGUAAUGUUAUGAGAGUAAAGUCGUAAAUUUGAGAGAAAAAUGCAUACAUUUGAGGAAAGAAGUAAUCUUACAAGAAUAAAGUCAUAUUACGGGAAUAAAGUUGUAAUAUUACGAGAAUAAAGUUGUAAAUUUACAAGAAAAAAAACACGGACAUUUACGAAAAAAGUUGUACAUUUGAGAAAGUCAUAAUAUUCCGAGAAUAAAGUCGGAAAUUUACGAGAGAAAAACACAUUUGAGAACAAAAUAUUACAAGAAUAAAGUCAUAAUAUUACGGGAAUAAAGUCGUAAAUUUAUGAGGAAAAAAAGGUGUAACGUUAUGAGAGUAAAGUCAUAAAUUUACCACCUUCCUUACCCCGCCCCUUCCACAUGGCCAAGGCCAACGGUCACAUAAGUCCCGCCCCUUUUCAUAGUUGUCUCAUGCACUGCCUGUAACAUAAACUUACCAGUUUUUCCUCCUAAAUUUACGACUUUAUUCUCACAAUAUUACAAGUUUUUUUCUCAUACUUCGUCUUUAUUCUCAGAAUCUCAUUUUCUCAUAUUGGUAACAGUUGUAACAGGCAUUGCCUCAGACAGCUAUGAAAAGGGGGCCUUGGGCAAAAAUGGUAAUACCAUUUUUUUUCUUGUAAAUUUAUGACACAAUCUCAGUUUUGUUUUGGCCCGAAUCCUCCGUCAUACGUUACAAGCUUGUGAACGUUUGUUUGUUUCAAUGUUUGUUUCAACAAUGUUUGUUUCAAUUGAAAAUGUCAUUUUUAGCUAACCGUACGAGGAUGACUUGUAUCUGUCACCUUUGACCGAGCAGAAAAUGUUAAAACAAUCAGGGAUGCUGACAAGUAGAAUAAUAAAAGGAGAGAUUUUAUUGUU